UAGGAACGUAAAAAAGGGGAGGGGUUUGGAAUCAAUUCCAGGUGUGAUUCCCAAAUUGUUUGCUGACGCAACCUUUUAUACACGGUCUUUGGACGCGCACAUUUGGAGAUAUGCUUAUUUGUACUUGGCAAUUUAUUAUUUUCAAAGACAAAUAUGGCACAACGAAGAUUCACUGCCGACUCCGAGCAAGUUGCUGAACUGCUUUUUGACGACAGCGAUGAGAGUGAGAGCGGAUCUGAUCCAGAUCGGUUUGAUUCGAGUGAAGAGGAUCAAAUCUUGGACGGAAUCGAUCCAUUUGAGGAGCUAAAUCAGGAAACCACAGAGCAGCCGAGUACAUCAGCUGAACCCAGGACCCCGACCGCUCGCCCUCUUCCACACAGCACCGCUUCUGCUCCUCCUGCAGCCCACAGAUCUAGGUCUCCUCCUGCAGCCCACAGAUCUAGGUCUCCUCCUGCAGCCCGCAGAUCCAUUUAUCUUCCUCGACCCGGCUCCUCCAGCACUGCCACAGAGCCACCAAGAUCGUCUGCGACCCCUGCCUUGAGGUCGCGUCGUAGGGGAAGGAGGCCCUCUGUGUCACAGAGUCAGUUUGGUUCCCCAGUAGGCCAGUCACUUUCACCUGUCAGAUGUCCAGCACCACCAGACCAGCCGGAACAAGGAUGGAAGACCGAAAAGGAUCCUGAUGUGGCCCCCAUUCCACAUAGGUUUUGCCCCAGACUGAAACCUGGAGUGCAAUUGGACACGUCUGUAGAGCAAAGCCCCCUCUGCCUUUUCAAGCACUUUUUUAGUGCUGAUUCAAUCAGGACAUUGUGUGCCAACACAAACAAGCUGGCAGAGAGAAACAUUGGUGCUGGGAAAAGGUACAAGUGGACCACCAUCAAUCCUGCAGAGAUGUUCAAAUUCAUUGGCUUAGUUUUGUACAUGGGAGUUCUAAAGCUCCCAGCAGUAAAUGACUAUUGGAAGAGAAAAAACAUUUUUUCGGUGAAUUUUCCAAACAAGGUCAUGACAAGGGAUAGGUUCUGUGCCAUAUCCUGGAAUAUUCAUAUGAGUGACCCAGAGGAAGAUGUUGUGAAUGACCGAAAGAAGCGGACUCAGCCAGAUGAGUAUGACACACUCUUUCGUUUGAAGCCACUGAUGACUGAGAUAAAGGCCGCCUGUCAGUCUGCCUACCAUCCCAAGAAGCAGCUUUCCAUUGAUGAGAGGAUGGUGGCCACCAAGGCAAGAACUGAGAUGACCCAGUACAUGAAAGCGAAACCCACCAAAUGGGGGAUAAAGCUGUUUGUGCUGGCAGACUCCAGCAAUGGCUAUACCUGUGACUUCAACAUAUACACAGGUAAAAGCAGGUUGGCAUCUGGGCUAGGGCUCUCAUUUGACUCUGUGGUGGAAUUGAUGAGGCCAUAUUUCCUAGGCAGUGGUUAUCACCUCUACUGUGAUAAUUUUUACACCAGCCCAAAACUCUUCAGACACCUGCUGUCCCUCAAUUUUGGAGCCUGUGGUACCAUACGUGAGGGGAGGAAGGAGGCUCCAAAAACAAAAAUAAACCAACUGACCAAGAAAUCCCCCAGAGGAUCUCUCAGGUGGAUAAGAGAAGAUAACCUUCUCUUCACCAAAUGGAUGGACAACAGGGAGGUGGCAAUGUGCAGCAGUGUCCAUGUUGCUUAUGAUGGGGACACUGUCAAGAGGAACCUGAAAAAGAGGGAUGGAUCCUGGGAGGAGACAAAAAUACCAGUACCAAAACCGAUUGUUGAUUACAACAUGUACAUGGGGGGAGUGGACUUAUCAGACCAGCUGAUACAGUACUACUCGGUUCACCACACAACCAGAAGAUGGUACAGAACCAUGUUUUUUCAUUUUAUUGACAUUGCUGUGACCAAUGGCUUCAUAAUGUACAGAGAAAUUCAAAAGCUGAGGAACACCCCAGCCAACCAGCUCAUCACCCACAGGGCCUACGUGGAGCAGCUUGUGGCUGAGCUGUGUGGUGUCACAGUCCGGGCCGUGCCUGUACAGAGGAGAACUGGACAUACACCUGUGCCAAUCUCACAACCAGCUGCAAGGCUGAGGUGUGAGAAAUGUAAGGCGGAUGGGCUCCCAAGAAAAGACACCUCAUGGAAAUGCAAUGAGUGUGAUGUGCCACUCUGCCUACAGCCAGAGCGUAACUGCUUUCAUAUGUGGCACAACAUGUAAGAAAAG